ACUUGCCUCGAUAAGACAUUCUGUCCACAAAGUCAUUUAGGUCAUAGACAUAUCCUUGACAUAUCUUGCACUUAUCAAACUAUUGGUCAGUUCUACCUGCCUCACGACGCGUGAAAUAUCGCUGGCAAUGCAGACGAGGAAAGACAUAGCAAAUUAUAGAAUCACCACAUUAAUUAUGGUGUUAAAUUACAUUCGAAGUCUACACUCUACAGUUGUUAUGACGAAGUCUACAGCGUAAACAAUACAACGAAACUCACUUUCAAACUACAAAUCCUGUGCAUUGUUACGCCAACGGUUAAUGAGUGAACAAAAUUUAAAUUUCCAAAGGGAUUAGUGUCGUUAUAUGUUGACACAAGCUCAUUCCGAAAGACAGUUCACGCUCAUAUCAAUUUAACCGGACGAAGCUAUCAGAAAAUACUCACACAUUACCUUGUUCUUUCGUGAAUUUCUACAACUUUCUUGGAUCAAGCUUUCAACGUUUGAUUAGGAUCUUGACUCCAUGGCGAUGUGACCAUUAUCUCGUUUCUAUAACAAGGAAAUUAAAGAGAGAAUUUAUGUGAAUACCUGAGAGCCAUUUUGUUUCAAAGCAAGAAUGUAUUGUUUGGGAUUUUGAAUGUUUGGAGUGCCAUUUAUUGCACAGGCUCCGAAGCAGCUACAUGUCUAUUUUACACAUGGUUCAUGUAGUUAUCGAUCGUCGUGCGAAGUUUGAAAGCUGGUAAAACUACAGCUUGAAGAAUCGCAACGCUGUUUCACAACUCGUCCGUUGCUAUGAAGAGACAACCUUUAGCAACACCGCCGCGGACGAACCACACAUGGCCAGAGGGUUUCGGAUUCCGGAUCGGCGGAAACGCGCCCGUGAUAAUAACGGAUAUAUUUGAGGAAUCGUACGCGCAGAAAUCUGGCCUCAGACCGGGCGAUCAACUUCUGGAGGUAGACGGCGUGAACGUUCAGGGCUUGAGUAAGGAGGAUGUGAUCAGUCUGGCCCGGCAAUCCACGAGGGUACCCCCUGCCCUGUGUGUUAUCUCGAGGAUAAGGAGUUUUACACUCCGUAGGCGGAGGGGGACGUUUGGUUUUAAGGUCCGGGGAGGUGGGCCUGUUUUUGUAUCACAAUUGGAAGAACGUGGGCCUGCAAAGGUGGCGGGGAUAAGACUUGGGGAUAUGUUGGUCGAGGUGAAUAAUACAUCAGUGCGAGAAAUGACGUAUAUUGACGUGGAGAGGUUGAUCAAUACCUCCGGGUCGCUGCUGCAGUUGGUUAUGAUUGCUGGGGUGAAGUCGAUUGAGGAGAUAGAGAAGCGUAAUACGGCUUCAAGAUUUCGUCGUGCGAGGGAAUUCUUUCAAGAGAUGAACUAUUAUUUGGCUGGAGAGGAAAAGAAAAGAUCUCAACUCGUGAAAUUGUUAAAUAAAUUCGCCAAAGACAAAUCCGUAGAAACGCUAGCGAGAGGAAUCAUGAAAAUUUUGGAAACACCAGUGCAAAAAAGACUCAUUCCUACAAUCAAGCAACUCAUCCCAAGAGAUAAAAGAAAAAUAUUCACAGAUAUCUUACAAGAAAACCAGAAAGCAAGUUUAAAACGAAGUGCAUCGUUUGAUGAAAAAACGAAUAUUCCCCCAGCACAAUCAAAAUCUCCUGUGACAUCUGGAUCAAAGUUCAGGACAUGGUCAAAAGGGAGUAAAUCACCCACGAAACAAACUCCACCAACAUCACCUCGCGGUAACACCAUAUCAUACCAUCAAAGACCAUCACCUGCGGUCUUACAGAACGAUCUGGAGCAAUCAAACUUUCAACGAAGUUACUCAACAUCGGCUGCUUCUUCUCCGCGGAGAUCUCCUGAACUCUACCUUGGUGAAGCUGAUCGAUCCGUCCAGAAUCUGGCAGAAACGUUCAAGUUUCAGAUGAACCAAUUCUUAACUCGAGGAGAACAGUUGGUCUUAAAACAAAGACUGAAAGAAUAUCAUAAACACAGAAAUGCGAAACUGUUGGUUUCAACACUGGAACCAAUUCUUGAUGACCGGGAGAAGUUGAAGAUGGUUCCCUAUCUCAGUCAACUAUUGCCGGAAAAUGAACAGUAUAAUUUUGAUAAAGAAGCUCAAAAACUGAUGGCGAAAUAUCUUCAGGGAUCGAGUUCUGAAGGUCCAGAUGUGAUAGAUGUAGCAUACAGAGUUCAAGGUCUGCGAUUGGGUGAAUCACCUCAACCAAAGAACCUGAUUGGUGGAUCAAACCAAGGCGAUUUGGAUCUUUACCCUGUGAAAGAAAGACCGAACAGCCCACGGUCAAAUGAAAGUUCCACGGUUGCAGCUCUUCUCACUGCGGCUGAGAAUACCACCUUUUCCAACACAGCAGGAAAUACCAUCACAGUUGAGGCUUUGGUACAUUCGAAUAAACAUCAAGAUGUGAAUGAGGCAGCCCGUGGAACCUCGAUUUCAGCAACACAGGGUCAAGACACCUUCGACAGUAAAUCUUCUGAUCUGCCCAGUGUUCCUACAGCAGAAAUAUCCACGGAACUGGGCGAGAAGUCCAAAGGUGAAAUUAAAUCACGCAGCACUCACAGAGAUCUCUCGUCAGCGAUUGAGGACCAAAAGAAACAUUUGGCCCAACAAGCUUCAAAAGAAGUGCCCCCUCCGCCUGCUCCAAUGGGUGGAGGACUCGUUCCCCCUGCUCCACCCCCACCUCCUCCCCCACCGCCAACCGGGAUGAACAGUAAAAACGACACGUUACCCAAGAUGCAAUUGAAGAGAGUUAACUGGGAAAAACUAGGCAUUGCUGGUUUGGAAAAUACUGUUUGGGGCCAGCUUGGACGAAAUGAUCCGCUCGACGAGUUAGAGGAUUUCGUUGAACUUGAACAGCAGUUUAGUUCUGCCAAACGAGCGAAAGCACCAGCAACGAGCAAGAAACAAGAGAAAAUAGAGAUUUUAGAACCAAGAAAACAAUACAACAUCGCAAUCCUCUUGGGCCACCUGAAACUUCCUCAUGAAGAAAUCAAGAGAGCGGUGUUAUCGAUGGAUGAAACAACCUUGAGUGAAGCUCAUGUGAAACAACUUCUGUUGUACGCUCCAGAUCACAAAGAGACACAGAAAUACAAACAUUUCGCAGACGAUGAAGGAAAGCUGGGACAAUGCGAUAAAUUCUCACUGUUGGUAAGCAAGAUCCCUGGUUACCGACACAGGCUAAAAGCGAUGUUAUUUAAAUUACAUUUUGCUGAUAAAUUGGAAGAAAUAAAACCGGAAUUAGAAAGAGUUGUGAAGGCAUCUCAGGAAUUAAGGGAAAGUAAAAAACUCCAGCAAGUUCUCCAGCUCGUCUUAGCGUUUGGAAACCACAUGAACCAGGGAAAUGCGAGAAUAGCGGGGGCGUCCGCGUUCAGAGUUGGUUUUCUAGCAAAGUUAUCCAGUACGAAGACUUCCGACAACAAGUCGAAUUUGCUCAAGUUCCUGGUAAAAACCGUCGAGACGAAAUGCCCCGAGGUUUUGGAUUUGAAAAAUGAACUAUCCUCAAUAUCACUAGCAGCCAGAGUGUCAUAUCAGAUGGUUAAAGAGGAAAUAGAUGAUGUUGUUAAAACCAUGGAGGAUGUGAAGACAGACCUAGAAGAGCAUGGUAGUCAAAUUCCUGAAAAUGACGAGGAUAAAUUCGCGGAAAUAAUGGGCUCAUUUGUUGAGAACUCAAAACGAGAUAUGGAAAUCCUGCUGACCCUUCACAGUGAAAUGCAAUCGGAAUAUACAAAAACGGCCAAAUUCUUCGGCGAAGAUCCAAAUAUGACAACCACGGAGGAAUUCUUUGGAAUAUUCUCAACAUUCGUCGAUCAAUUUGAGACUGCUCGCUUAGAGCUUGUCACGCAGAAGAAGCGAAAGGAGGAACAAGCCAAAAGAGAUAUCGAAAAACAGAAUCGUUUGAAGAAGAAAAAGCAGCUUCAAUCGUCCACGACGUCUCUGGAGGAACAAGAGGCGAAUCAUGAAACAAAAUCUGAACUGUCGAAACAGCAGGAAAAUAUCUUAACCAAACGGCAGAGGUUUGAUCAACGAUCUAGCAGCUCUGAGAGCGAACCUCCCACGUCACCUGGUCUCGCGUUAUCCCACGAGAUGAGAAAGAGCGAUCUAUUCAAAAGUCAGGAGAGACUGGACGAGAAGAGAUCUCCGCCGCCGAUCCUCCCGAAGCCCAAGGUAAAACCUAAAGUAAAAUUGAGCCCAACCAAUACCGAUGCAGCAUUGCCCUCGUCGACCAAUAAAAAUGCGGUAUCAAAAUCACCAACCAAUAGGAAUGAAGCGUCGACAUCUCCUCAACCAAUCAACAGCCAGGCUAUGCACGAUAUAGCUAAUGAGAUUUCACAAAUAAAACUUCAUCAUCAUAAGAAAAAAGUAGCGAAGUCGAGUAGCAGCGACAGCGAUGAAAGCGUUUCUGGGAAAAACGAGAAAGCGCUUCCGAGAAUUGCGAAAAAACCACUCCAGCAUGCGAAGAGUUUAGACUUUAAUGAAAUUCAAACACAAGAGUCUGGAGGCUCACCACAAAAGCGCAUCGAAAAAUCUCAAAGCACCGAAGAGAACUUGCUGAGACCUGAGAGAAUGAACGGACUUCUUCAUCAGAACGCGAUAUACUUUGAGUCGCCUGUCGAUGGCUACUCAAAGAUGAGCGAUGAAGCAAGCAACAAUGAAGAAACCAGUUCAACCCCCAGGGAAAUACUGCAAAAUCUUCGAGAAAGAGGAGCGAACUUGAUGUUGAAUAAAAAACGCAUAAUACAAAAUAUAUGCUGGCCGCUUGGUUGCCAAAAUGGCGAGAAUAUUCACGAGGAAGACGAGGACCCUCUUUACAGUUCGGUCAACUUCGCUACAUUAGGGUACAAUAAUGGUACCCUAAAGGUGGAUACAUACAAGGAACCACUGGACACGGAUACCCCUCAUGAGGCGGGUACCGCAGAAGCAUUUCCAAACCCUAUCUAUAGCACUUCUAACCCUAUUAGUUCUGGUUCACCCCCGAAAACUGAUCUUUCGAAUGUUGUCCAAAUCUCGCCGGAGUUAGGGAUAAAGGAGGUACAAAGCAUUGUUCAAGGGGGAAGUUCGUAUACAGUGGGGGAUAACAUGGAUCUUUAUGCUCUGCCGGUAAAAGAUCGCAAAUCGAAAGAUAUGGAAACUGUGCCAGUGGGCGAGAAAAGUUCGUCUGUACCGGAAGAACGUACUUCUACACCGGAGGAAAUUACUCCUACCGAGGUAGCACAAGACGACACUUACGCUCAACCAUUGCCACGCUCCCCCCGGAAAACGGGAAACUCUAACAGUGAUUCUGAGAAAUACGAUACGAAAGCAGGGGAGAAUGAGGGACCUUACGCGCAGACUGAUUUGUUUCAACAGUCGCCAACUAAAAGUGAAUCGCAGUAUGACAUACCUGGCAUACUGAUCGACACCGCCUCCGUACCUUUUGAUCUCAGCCCCCCCAAUUUCAAACCACCUCCGCCCCCUCCUGGUGGCUCCCCGCUUCUCAGAAAGAAGAAUAAGAACAAAAAACACAGCCCUCCGGUUCUCAGAAAAAAAGACAAAGUAAAAUCGCCGAAGAAAACAGUCUUAAAAACCGAACCUUCUCCAAAAGACGAAAACUUCGAUUUCAAAAUGAAACGAAGUCAAAGUGAGUCGGAUCUCACCAGCGAGACGAUAUUUGCAUCCCCGUCAAGUCUAGGAAUAACUACAGAGGAUGGCAACAACAAUCGUCACUCGAUGUUUGUUACGCCGAAAGAGUUCGGAAAACUUCGUGAAUACUUCAUAUACUCCGACGAGAAUGAAGGCGAGAGCAACUUACUGUCAGGAAAACAUCGCUCGAACGUUGGAAAGGGUCAAAAGAUCGGAAAAGGUCGUGAUCAGAUUGGGAAUCACGAUAACUCGUUUCUAGUAGUCCCCCCACCGCCAACGUCGACUCCAAUAAUUGAUACGGAUUCUAUGGUCGCACCCCCACCGCCUCAUAUCACAGACAAUAUACACUCCGGACCGGUUCCACCACCCCACCCUGCCUACCCACCGCCGAGGUUACACCCUUCGGAAAAGGCUUUGAUCAACGUCACUUCACAAAGCGAUGAAUCACAAUGGCAGGAGAUGGUCGAAAGCCUUCCUCCACCACCCCCUGAACUUCUAGACUCAUGAAUACCAAGACAGGGGGGUGCCCCACCCCUGAACUUCUAUACCAAAGACGGGGGGUGUAAUUCCCCAUCCCUGAACUUCUAAAGUCAUGAAUACCAAGACGGGGGGGGGUGUAAGUAAAUUGCUGAGGCUGCCAAUAAAUGCGGCUGAGGCUGCCAAUAUAUUUAAAUAUUGAAGAGGAACUUUAUAAUAGUCCUUGAAUUCGUACUUCCUUGAAAUAACUCUGCGACAUUAAUUAAAUUUAUCAUGGUGGGCAAGGCGUUUUUUCAAGGAAGUACAGUAGUUUUGUAUUUGUAAUAAUAUUGUAUAGAUUUUCUCGACGGCAGUGACUUUCUGUCACAAAGUAAAUUUUAAAAUAUUAAUCAUAAAUAAUGUAAUUUAUUAAUUAUAUCAUAGUAUUUAAGUAUUCCUGAGCCAUGAUGUUCAACACCUUACUAGAUGCUGAUAGGAACAGAACAGACUAUCUGGUAUAUAUCUGGUCUGAUCAGACUAUCGGGCAUAAAUGUCGAAGGGUGAACUCGGCCAGUGAUAUGAACUGUAGUUUAUAGUAAAAAAGGCAAAGCCAUUUUUGUACAUUUCAAA